UUUCCAUAUUCUCUCUCUCUUUUCUUGGCAUAGAAGCAAAGCCUAUCAGUUUCUCCACAUAUAUAAACUUGUUUCUGUAUGUAUGUGUGUGUUCAUGUUACUCCAUUGCAAUCAUCAUUCUUUGAAAGAAAGCCAUAAUCUUUGUAAUCCACCGUUUUAUAUGGUAUCAGGGUGCUUCUCAUUUUCUGGAAUCGGUUUCUAAUAUUUCCAUUUCAACUUGUAACCCAAUUCGCCAAAACCCAAUCUUUAGUCUCUUCUGUUAUUGUACAUACAUACAUACAUACGCACAUACACAUAUAUAGAUUGACAGAAAGAGAGAGAGAGAGAUCAUGUCAGACUGGGGACCGGUGUUCGUGGCGGUGGCGCUGUUCGUGUUGCUGACGCCGGGGUUGCUGAUUCAGAUUCCGGGAAGGAGCAGAGUGGUGGAGUUUGGGACAUUUCAGACAAGCGGUGUCUCUGUUCUUGUUCACUCCCUCAUCUACUUCACCCUUGUCUGCAUCUUCUUUCUUGCCGUCCAUGUUCACAUCCUUUACUGUAAACUGUGAAACGACACUGAUUCUGGCGUCUCCUUCGUGGCAUCAAUGGCGGACUGGGCUCCGGUUCUCGUCGGCGUUAUUCUCUUCGCGAUUCUCUCGCCGGGACUUCUAUUCUCGUUGCCGGGAAGCCACCGGACUCUCGAAUUCGGCAGCCUGAAAACCAACGGAAAAGCAGUCGCCGUUCACACGCUCAUCUUCUUCGCCAUUUACUCCAUCUUGAUCAUCGCCGUCAAUCUCCACAUCUACACUGGUUAAAUCUGAUCUGAAUUUUUCUUUUUCCGGUGAAAUCAAAGGUACCCAUCUCGAAGCUCUCUCCAGGAAUCUUCUGAGAUUUGUUGUAACUGUUUGUCUUAGGGUUUUGUACUCUGUUCUGUUGUAACUGUUUCUCUUAGAUUUGACGAAACAGCUGUUGCAUUGUGCAUCGAGUAUACUGAAAUGUAGCGCAAAUUUCUAAAAUUUGUGGUGAUAUAUACAACUUGCGUUAUCUUA